UGCAGUCAGCGGAGGGGGCCCUUCCUGCGUCUUGGCUGCCAGAACGUACCGUGUGGUUAAAUACCGCAACCCCCAUGCCCCUUCUGGGCCUCGGCACCUUCCGCCUUCAGGGGGACGAGGCAAUCCGCGUCAGCCUGGAUGCUGCUCUGGAGAACGGCUACCGCUUGGUGGAUACAGCCGCCGUCUAUGGCAACGAGGCCGCCCUGGGGCGAGUGCUCCGGGAAUUGCUGCCACGCCACCGUCUCGCUCGCGAGGACCUUUUCCUGACCAGCAAGCUGAGCCCAAGGGAUCAUGGAGUAGAAGCUGCCCAAAGGGCCUGCCUUCGCAGUUUGCAAGACCUAGACUGCAAUUACCUGGAUCUCUACCUUAUCCACUGGCCAGGAACUCAAGGCCAGCCCCAGGAGGACGCCGGGAACCGGGAACGCCGGCUCCAGAGUUGGCGAGCCUUGGAGAGGUUGCAUGAAGCUGGCAAGCUGCGGGCAAUCGGCGUCUCCAACUAUACCCUCCAGCACCUUCAGGAACUGCUGGGCCACUGCAGGGUGAGGCCCGCUGUCCUGCAGGUGGAAUUCCACCCUGAGCUGGCACAGCUGGAGCUUCUCGAAUUUUGCAGCCGGAACGGCAUCCACUUGCAAGCUUAUUCCUCGCUGGGCACCGGUCAGCUGGUAGGGCAUCCGGAAGUGGAGGCUGUAGCCCGGCAGCACAGUCGCACGCCCGCCCAGGUCUUACUACGCUGGGCCCUCCAGCAGGGCGUCAGCGUGAUCCCGAAGUCAGCAUCUCCCCGCCGCGUGGCUGAAAACGGCCAGCUCUGGUCAUGGGCCUUGAGCCAAGCCGAAAUGGAGAAACUGCGGAGCCUGGAUUGCGGGAAACGUUUUUGCUGGGAUCCGAGUGGGGUGGCUUAGCAAGCUGGCCUGGGCGGGACACUAGCAAAGUUUCGGCUUAAACUUUAGGCGUGGCUUAAACCAGGGGUCCCCAAACGCUUCAGCUCAUCGACCCCUUCGUGAAGUUUCAGAUUGUUCGCUGGCCUCCAAACAUUUAUUAUAUGAAAUUAAUUUAAUAAAUACUACUUUAACUAAUAGUAGUAUGAAGAAGAAAAGACGACGAAAAUAAUGGAUAAUCCUGUUAACCCUUGGGGUCCCCAUCAACCACCUUGGGGAACUCUAGCUUAAACGCAGCUUCCUAUUCUGCGACUUGAUGUUUGUAAGGUCCUAGCAUAGGUGGUUAAUUUAUGGUUUGAUGACCCUAAAUUCCUCCUGGCUGACCCAACCAUGAAUUAACGUGGUUUAUGAACACCAGGCUAUUUUUGUGAUGGGAUCUGUUGGGAGAUUGUGACGAGGAAGAUUGUAAGAGGCUGAAGCCAUGGCCGGUGAGAAGCCAGAAGUAACAACCUUUAAUAAAAGUUUAUAUACAUUUUUUUCUUUAGGAACCAAGCAAAUAAA